AUGCUUAGCCUCGCCCGCAGAACCCUGAACCGCGUCCCCAGCUUCCAGGAUAUCUUACAAGGCAGGAUGACCCACCCAGACAUGGUCUUGCCCGACUACAGUUCCGUUGACGUUCUCGUCAUUGGUGCCGGCCCUACUGGUCUAGGUGCCGCGAAGCGUCUCAACCAGAUUGAUGGUCCCUCCUGGUUGAUCGUGGACAGCAAUGAGACUCCUGGUGGUCUUGCUUCCACUGAUGUGACCCCCGAAGGCUUCCUCUACGACGUCGGAGGUCACGUUAUCUUCUCCCACUACAAGUACUUCGACGACUGCAUCGACGAGGCUCUUCCUAAGGAGGAGGACUGGUACAGCCACCAGCGUAUCUCUUACGUCCGUUGCCAGGAACAAUGGGUCCCCUACCCCUUCCAGAACAACAUCUCCAUGCUUCCCAAGGAGGAGCAGGUUAAGUGCAUCGACGGUAUGAUCGAUGCUGCUCUCGAGGCUCGUGUGGCUAGCACCAAGCCCAAGAACUUCGACGAGUGGAUCGUUCGCAUGAUGGGAACUGGUAUCGCCGAUCUCUUCAUGCGUCCCUACAACUACAAGGUCUGGGCCGUGCCCACCACCAAGAUGCAAUGUGCUUGGCUCGGUGAGCGUGUCGCCGCCCCCAACGUCAAGGCCGUGACCACCAAUGUUAUUCUUAACAAGACCGCCGGUAACUGGGGUCCCAAUGCCACUUUCCGUUUCCCCGCUCGUGGCGGUACUGGUGGUAUCUGGAUUGCCGUCGCCGACACUCUUCCCAAGGAGAAGACUCGUUUUGGUGAGAAGGGCAAGGUUACCAAGGUCAAUGCCAACAACAAGACCGUCCAGCUCGCCGAUGGCACCACUGUCGGCUACAAGAAGCUCGUUUCCACUAUGUCUGUGGAUUUCCUUGCUGAGGCUAUGGGUAACCAGGAGCUUGUUAGCCUUUCCAAGGAGCUCUUCUACUCUUCCACUCACGUCAUUGGUGUUGGUAUCCGUGGCGCUCGCCCCGACAGAAUCGGUGACAAGUGCUGGUUGUACUUCCCUGAGGACAACUGCCCCUUCUACCGUGCCACCAUCUUCUCCAACUACUCUCCUUACAACCAGCCUGAGGCUUCCAAGAAGCUUCCUACCCUCCAGCUGGCCGACGGCUCCAAGCCCGAGAGCGACGAAGCCAAGGAGGGUCCUUACUGGUCUAUCAUGUUGGAGGUCUCUGAGUCUUCCAUGAAGCCCGUCAACUACGAAACACUCCUUGCCGAGUCUAUCCAGGGUCUCGUCAACACCGAGAUGCUGAAGCCCACCGACGAGAUCGUCUCCACAUACCACCGCCGCUUCGACCACGGCUACCCCACUCCCUCUCUGGAGCGUGAGGGCGCCCUCACCCAGAUUCUCCCCAAGCUUCAGAACCUGGACAUCUGGUCUCGUGGCCGCUUCGGUAGCUGGCGCUACGAGGUUGGCAACCAGGACCACUCGUUCAUGCUUGGUGUCGAGGCUGUGGACAACAUUGUCAACGGCGCUGUUGAGCUGACCCUCAACUACCCUGACUUCGUCAACGGUAGACAGAACACUGAGAGGCGUCUGGUUGACGGAGCUCAGGCGUUCGCCAAGGGCAAGUCCCUGUAA